CGCUUUGGCCGUCCCAACGUGCUGGCGUCCCAACGGAGCUGGGGUUAUGGCGACGCCGAGCCUACGGGGACGCCUGGCGCGCCUGAGCAACGGGAAGCGGCCCGUGCUGAAGCCCAACAAGCCCCUGGUACUGGCCAACCGGGUCGGGGCAGGGCGCCGCGAACUUGGGGAGGCCACCUGUAUAACAGAGAUGUCCCUGAUGAUGGCUUGCUGGAAACAGAAUGAGUUUAGCGACACGAUUUGUGCCAAGGAGAUCAAGGACUUCUUUGCCUGUGCUUCAAAGGCUGAGGCGGAGCGGAAACAGAAGGCAAAACAGGAGUAUCUGGGCUCAACUGGGAAUUUGACCCCCAAGCAAGCAAAUAAAUUGCUGAGCAGGUUUCCAAACAUAACUUACAUUAUUUGAAGGUGUUAUGUAGCUUUUUAAGGACCAUCCUCAUAGAAGCUACUUGGUGGUGUUUGGACUGAGUGGCCUCUGAGUGAUAGAGACAUGUUCUCACCCCUGUGGGGUUGUGGUUUGGGUGAGAGUUCUGCUUUACCCUGAAAUAAAAUCUUUACAAGAGA